UAUCACGCUCAAUGCUUAUGUAAACUUUCCAUGCCAUAGACACAUCAGCUUUUAGGCUAUAAUUUAUAUUCAUGUUUUUAUCCAUCCAGCAUUUUCAUAUUUUUACUACUAUUUGAGUGUCAACUGGAUGAACACUGCUUUUUAGAAAUGUGGUUCAUUUUAUCAAUGUGUGCACUGGUUAAAGCUUUCCAUGCAGACUUCUCGGAAACAGGAUCUGGUGUCCCGGACUCAGAGGGGUUCAACACAUAUCUGAAUAUCUUUACACAAAGAGUGGAUUUACUUGAGCAGCUCUCAGGCUUAGUACCAACCAGCAGUAACGUGACCCUUUAUGAGGAGGUCAAGGGCUGUCCAGUGCUGGACAUUGGCCUGUAUUCCACACUCACUAUGCCCUCCCAGGAAGCAUUUGGAUCAAGCUUUGCAGAUGAAUUCAGUCUGCUGAUUCAGCUGCAGAGCUCACAAGAAGAGGACCGGAGUGUGUUGACUUUGCUGAACUUCUAUAAUCACAUUUUACUCCAGAUCCGUAUAGGCCCACACAGCAUCACCUUUAUCACCACACAGCAGCGCGACUAUGAGUUUUCAGUGUCAGGGCUGUCUGACUCGCAGUGGCACUGGAUCUCAGUUGGGGUUGCAUUUGAAUGGCUGGCUGUGUAUGUGGACUGUGUGCUGGUGGAGAAAGUGAGCUGGAUGUACCCGUACAUGGGCAUCACUACAGAUGGCCUGCUUAUGGUGGGGGGAAUCCUGGAGGGCUUUGAAACACCCUUUAAGGGAGAGCUGAGACAGAUGACCUUCAUAAUGGGAGAUGCAAAUGCUGCCAAGGAUCACUGUGCUCUUCAUCAGCAUAUGUGUGAACCUGUGAAAGAACGUGGCUUUCUCAAGACAGAAGAUAGCGCUGAGGCUGAGAGCCCUUUGUCGUCCUCAGCUAGCUCAACAUCACACAGACAUUUCCCAUCAAAUCCCUCUACUGGCAAAGAUGAGACUGCCAAUAUGCAUUCAGAUCCAGGGCUCCGGCCUGAACCCCGAAUAACACAUGGUUUGAACUCCAGUGUCUCUUCUAGGAAUGAAGAUCUUCGUAGUGAAUGGGAUAUGUCUUCUUAUCUGAACAGAACUUCAAAGCAUUCGGUUCGUGGCUUUGCAGUGGUGGAUGAGUCUGACCUUCUCACAUCUCCUGCCGUCAGCACACAUAGCAGGUAUAAGGACACCAGUGACAAAAAGAUCCAGUCCACCACCUUCAAAUCAUCAGAGGAGAACUUCACCUCUCAAAAACUGAAAGCAGAUUUGGGUGGAGGCCGUCUUGAGCGGCUCCCUUUGAAGCCCUCUGGGGACAUUGCUGACCUGGAUUCUAUUUUGAAUGUGAAGACAUCAGCCAGGCAGAAGGAUCUGGUCAGGCCGACAGUCCAUCCCGAGUUAAACCAGCUGACUGAAGAAGGUUUCUUACUUCCUUCAAAGAGCUUUGAAGUAGUCGGAAAGCCUUUGGCCAGCGUUCACGCAAAAAAAGGAAAUGAAUCGCUUGUAGGCAAAGGACAAGCUGACUACAAGCACUCAAGCAAGAAAAGAGUUGCAUUUAAACAUGGUGAUGUUAUAUUAGGCAUGGAUGGAAGGAGAUACCGGCUCCUCAGUGGAUCUCCAGGGCCUGUUGGGCCACCAGGGAGAACUGGGUGCGCAGGCAAAAGGGGCUAUAUUGGAUACAAGGGUGAUAAGGGUUCUAAAGGAGACCAAGGAGCCGAUGGACCAAGAGGUAUACCAGGACCACCAGGUCCACCAGGACUUCCAGUCCUCUACCUUUGGAGGAACACAGAGGAGGAUUGGGCUACGUUUAAGAGAACAUCUUAUUACCAAUUGCUCGCAGCUGGAUGGCCUAGACAGGCAGGACACCCUGGACCAAUGGGUGACACAGGAGACCUGGGGUUUCCUGGAGAUCCUGGUCAGAUGGGACCACCAGGCAUAAGAGGCGAAAUGGGUGGCAUUGGACCAAAGGGUGUUCGCGGCAGAGCAGGAACUCAAGGAAGAGAUGGAGAGAAAGGUCCGGAUGGGGUGACAGGAUCUCCAGGGGUUCCUGGCUUACAGGGUCCUCGCGGUUAUAAAGGUGACACAGCGCCCCCUGGUGAGAAAGGAGAUGAGGGUUUUCCUGGUGCCCCUGGAAUCAGAGGAGACAAAGGACAGACUGGCCAGAAGGGCUCAAAAGGAGAUAUUGGGUUUACUGGCUUUUCUGGCCCUUCAGUGAGGGAUCCAGGAAAUGAUGGAAAACGUGGUCCUCCAGGGACAGUGGGAGCACCAGGUGCUACAGGAUUGGUUGGGGCACAAGGUGUUAAUGGCUCAGAAGGGGAUGCUGGACCUGCUGGCCCUGUGGGGCGGAAAGGCCCUCAGGGGCCUAGAGGGAUCGAGGGAGACAGAGGCCCACCUGGUGAUCCUGGAUCCCAGGGUCUUCAAGGUCAGGCGGGUCCACAGGGUCUCAAAGGUGACAUAGGGCCAGAGGGUCCAGCAGGUAACAGAGGGCUACAAGGCAUUGAAGGGCCCAUGGGUACAACUGGAUAUCCAGGUCCAAAAGGCAUUCCAGGUGUCACAGGCAGUAGGGGACCAGAUGGAGAGAAGGGUGACAGAGGACCAAAGGGGAAAAAGGGACCAAAAGGAGCACUAGGGAUCAUGGGUCCACAGGGCGAAAGGGGCCAGUCAGGCCUCCCUGGUUUACCUGGUGUCAAAGGUCACCCAGGUACUCCAGGUAUUCAGGGUGUAGAUGGUGAAGUGGGUCCUCAGGGAACGCUUGGAAAAGAGGGUCAAAAGGGCAGCAGGGGUGAACCUGGUGUUAAAGGAAGAACAGGACUCAGAGGAUCCAGGGGUCGAGCAGGCCAACAUGGUUCCCCUGGUGUACCUGGAAUAGUGGGUUUACGAGGCCCAGUUGGUGCCGAGGGACCAGAAGGAAAGCCUGGUACACAGGGUGUUUCUGGUUCUGUUGGAAGCCCGGGGGAUAAAGGACCUGAUGGCCUGAAGGGCGUGACUGGAGAAGCAGGAAAACAAGGCCCUCCUGGCUCACAGGGCCAACCUGGACAACCAGGCCAAGAUGGCACUCGGGGUCCUCCUGGUGAGAAGGGCUUCACUGGUAAACCAGGCAUUGCAGGUGCUCAAGGGCCUGUAGGCAUGUAUGGUUAUCCAGGAGCCACAGGCCUUCGUGGGCAGCCAGGUCACAUUGGAGAGAGGGGUGAACCUGGCAUCAGGGGUCCUCUGGGUCCACCAGGCAAAGAGGGCUACCUGGUUUACCAGGUCCGGCUGGUGGAGAGGGGCUCACGUGGACCACCGGUGAAGUAG